AUGCCUGAAGGUGGUUAUGGAUGGGUUGUAGUGGCUUCUUGCAGCAUGAUAAUGUUCUUCGCUGUUGGAGGUUUCUAUUCCUGGGGUGUGAUACAAGCCCAGUUGGCUGCUGAAAGUAUCGCCCCAAAUUCAACGCUCGCCUUCAUCGGAUCACUAGGCGUCUCGUUCAUUGCUUUCGGGGCUAUAUUUAUGGGUCGUCUUAUUCGCUGGAUCGGUGCCAGAAAUGCCGGUUUCUUAUCAUGCCUUCUCAUGGGAGGAGGUCAAAUUCUCAGUUCCGCAUCCUCGAAGAACGUUGGCGGGCUUUUUGUGACGAAUGGGAUAAUUGUUGGUCUCGGAACUAGCAUGAGCUUCAUGUUAUGUUCCACCCUUCCUUCGCAAUAUUUUAGACAAAAACGAGGCCUUGCUAACGGCGCCGUAUACGGAGCUGCAGGAAUUGGUGGUGCCAUUUUGAGCGUUGCUCAGAGUGCGCUUAUUCGUCGCGUUGGUGUUGCCUGGACUUUUCGUAUCAUAGGAGCUUCCGUAAUAGCUCUUACUUUUCCUGCAUGUUGUUUCUUAAAAGAUCGUUUGAGGAGAUCCACGGCCACAAUUGAAUGGUCUCUUUUUCUGGAUCCGCGCUUUGUUAUGUUGGCGCUAGGAUCUGCUAUCGGGACAUUCCCUUUACUGGUUCCACCGUUCUUCCUUCCCUUGUACACAAACUCUCUCGGCGAAGCAGCUUCAGUUGGGUCCGUUCUCCUAGCUGUAUUCAAUGUCUCAUCUGCCUUGGGCCGGGUGAGCUUUGGGGCUCUGUGUGAUGUUUGUGGUCCGAUCACGAGUCUGUCUCUCGCUUUGAUUCUUAGUGCUUUGAGUUUGUUGGCCAUUUGGCCGGUCUCAAGCUCUUUGGCUCCGUUAAUCAUUUUCGCUAUCCUAAAUGGCUUUGGCAACGGUGGUUUCUUUAGCACGAUACCAAGCGUCGUAGCUCAUAUGUAUGGUCCAAUACGAGUGACGACUGUGUUUUCUAUGGUCCUAACCGGAUGGGCCGCUGGCUAUCUCUUGGGUGCGCCCGUUGCUGGAUGGCUACUUGAUGCCUAUGGGGGAUCCGGCGCGGGGAUUGUUGCUUAUAGGCCUGCCAUGUACUAUGCUGGCUCAUUAUCAGUGGGGAGUACCGGGUUCAUCCUCGGGGUUCGUGUCCUAACUACGAAGACAAAUCUGUUUACCUUCGCCUAA